AUUGUUAAUUUCGCCGGCUAACGAUUUGUUUUGCUAAAAUUUCAAUUUAAAUAGAUUAAAAUACCUCUUGAUGUAAUAGUUGGUCAAUAAAAAUGAAUGAAGAUCAGCAGAAUUCAGUACCAAACUUCGAUUCAAUAAAAGACGUUCCAGAAAAGUUACUUUCAUACGUCGAUAAGUUUGUCAAAGUCCAGGUUAUAAAGAACAGGUGUUUUAUGGGCUUUCUACAUUCUAUUGACCCUAUUAGUCUCAGUGUCAUUCUGUUAGUACCACAUGAAGGAAGUUACCGAACCACUGUUAUACCUGGGCAUGCCAUAGAAGAUAUGCAAGAGGAAACACCAAGUGACAAUAUCAAGCUACCUACUAGGAAAUCUGUAACAGUUCCAACAGAAUCUGACACGCCUCAGAGAAAAGCUCAGCUAAUAGCCUGGUUUAAAAAGAAUCUGUUAUCUAUAACAGAAACGGGAGAUAAUUUGACUAUAGGAAAUGUUAGUGUGCUCCCGCCAUACAGUGCAAAAGAUAUUUGUGCUGAAAAUCCAGUGGUUUUUAUGCAGAUUAGGAAACUUGUGGAAUCUAUGCCUCCUAACUUUCAAGCUUAAAAUGUAAUAGUUUGAAGAUAUUGGUAUAAAUAUUUGUAUAGUUUGAUAUUUUGAAGUACUAUAGGAUAGGUCCUAAUUUUUUUCAGUCCGGAGUGCAGUUGUAACUUAAAAUGUUAAUUUUGGUCCUACAUAGGCAUGUUUCAGUCUUUAUUGUUUUACAGCAUGGGACUGGAUUCUUUAUAAUGUCAAGUUUUUAAAUCCUAAGUGGUCCACUAUACUGUAGUUAUAGUUUAAUACAAAUGCAAGACCUCUAGAGUUACAUGCCUUCAUAGGCUGCAGUGACUGCUUUUCAGUGGUUGUUGUUGUUAAGUUAAUUAAUCAUAAUGAAUUAUGUAUGCUUGUGUGGGU